AUGUCUCUCAAAAUUGAACGAAAAACUCUACCAGAAGAUCACCCUUCAUUAGCUAAAAUCUACAACAACAUCGGUCAAGUGUAUAGCAACAUGGGUGACUACUCGAAAGCACUUGAAUUUUACGAAAAAGAUCUCGAAAUCACGAAAAAAGCUCUGUCUCCGAAUCAUCCCGAUUUGGCUAUUUCCUACAACAACAUCGGUCUCGUGUAUAACUACAUGGGUGACUACUCGAAAGCACUUGAAUUUCACGAAAAAUCACAUAAAAUAAGAGAAAAAGCUCUGCCUCCGAAUCAUCCCGAUUUGGCUACUUCCUACAAUAACAUUGGUGGAGUGUAUAACAACAUGGGUGACUACCCGAAAGCACUUGAAUUUCACGAAAAAUCACAUCAAAUCUACGAAAAAGCUCUACCUCCAAAUCAUCCCUCAUUCGCUACUUCCUAUAACAACAUCGGUGGAGUGUAUAAGGACAUGGGUGACUACUCGAAAGCACUUGAACUUUACGAAAAAUCACUUAAAAUAAAAGAAAAAGCUCUUCCUCCGAAUCAACCCGAUUUGGCUACUUCCUAUAACAACAUCGGUGCAGUGUAUAACUACAUGGGUGACUACUCGAAAGCACUUGAAUUUUACAAAAAAGCCCAUAAAAUAAGAGAAAAAGCUCUCCCUCCGAAUCAUCCCGAUUUGGCUACUUCCUACAACAACAUCGGCUACGUGUAUGACAACAUGGGUGACUACUCGAAAGCACUUGAAUUUUACGAAAAAGCGCAUAAAAUAAAAGAAAAAGAACUGCCUCCAAAUCAUCCUAAUUUGGCUCUGUCCUACAACAACAUCGGUGAAGUGUAUAACAACAUGGGUGACUACUCGAAAGCACUUGAAUUUUACGAAAAAUCACAUCAAAUCUUGGAAAAUGUUCUGCCUCCAAAUCAUCCCAAUUUGGCUAGUUCCUACAACAACAUCGGUCUCGUGUAUAACAACAUGGGUGACUACUCGAAAGCACUUGAACUUUACGAAAAAUCACUAAAAAUAAGGGAAAAAGUUCUGCCUCCGAAUCAUCCUAAUUUGGCUAUUUCCUACGGCAACAUUGGUCAAGUGUAUAACAACAUGGGUGACUACUCGAAAGCACAUGAAUUUUACGAAAAAUCACAUCAAAUCUUCGAAAAAGCUCUACCUCCGAAUCAUUCCUAUUUGGCUAUUAGUUACUUGAAUUUUGCAGCGUGUUACGAAAAAAUGGGUGAUUACGCCACAGCUCUUAAGGCUCUUCGAAGUGCUUUUCAAAUUCAACAACAAGCAUUUCAAGAAGGUAAUUCAGCUUUUACUUCAACAUAUAGUUGGCUCGGAAGAGUUUAUCGCAGUAUGAAAGAUUAUUCAAAAGCACUUGAUAAUUUCGAAAAGUGUCUCGCAAUAGAUCUAAAAACGUUUCCUGAAAAACAUCCCUAUCAGGCUGUUGCUUAUAGUAAUAUUGGUGAUGUUCAUCGAUUAAUGGGUAGUUAUGAAAACGCACUUGCAUUUCAUCAAAAAGCAUUAAAUAUUCAAGAAAAUGUUCAAUGUAAUCCUCUGGAAUGUGCAACGACAUAUAUAAAUUUAGGUGAAACUUAUCGUGAAAUGAAAGAUUAUUCAACAGCAUUGAUAUAUUUCGAGAAAGGAUUAGCAAUACGUGAGAACAAAUUACCAAAAAAUCAUCCUGAUUUAGCUGUUGUAUAUCAUAAUAUGGCAAAAUUAUAUUUGGCUACACGAAAAUAUAGUAUGACAAUGAAAAAUAUUCAACAAGCAGUUGAAAUAGCUCAAGAAAAAUUACCUUCAACUCAUCCUCAUCUUUUGGAAUAUAAAGAAACAUUUGAAAAAAUUCGAAAGAAAAUGUAA